AAUUCUCCCCAAGAAAGACGAAUUGUAUUGGCCAUCUGCAGAAAAUGUUAAACUUGACAGCAAAUCCAUGACAUCACUUCUCAUUCUUGGCUUCCAAUAAACUAUGAUAUUGUUUUCCAACACGUCUCGCCUUUCCCUGUGGACCUGUCCAGGUAUUCAACCCCUUAGAGCAAAUUCCCGUCUCCGGGUGAGCAAAAAUGACCAAAGCAGAGAUGGUGUUCGUUCCUGCUCCCGGAAGAGGACACCUACUAGCAACAGUGGAGAUGGCAAAACUGCUGAUCGACAGAGACGAACGCCUCUCCAUCACCGUGCUGGUUAUCAAGCCCUCUAACGACCCCAACAGCAGCCUUCAUUCUUAUUCCCCGGAAUCCAAUUCCAGGAUUCGUUUCAUGGACAUUGCAGACGUCACCCUGUCGACGUCCACGAACUCUCCCAUAACCUUUCAGGGCCAAUUCAUCGAGAGUCACAAGGAUCCUGUGAGAAAUUCCGUGACCAAAAUAGUCCAAGAUUUUGGUCCAGGCUGUAGGCUCACCGGAUUUGUGAUUGACAUGUUUUGCACUGCUAUGAUUGACGUAGCUAACGAGUUUGGCGUUCCGACCUAUGUGUUUUACACGUCAGGGGCCUCAACUCUGGGGCUUUUGUUCCAUUUCCAGGACCUGAGAGAUUAUCAAAAUCAAGACGUGACAGUGUACGAGAACUCAAGCGAGGAGCUGUCCAUUCCGUCGUACAAAUUACCAGUCCCUGCCAAGUUAUUGCCUGCUUUAAUUUUUCAUAAGAUUGGUGGCAGCUCGAUGCUUCUCAAUUACGCCAAGAGAUUCAGAGAAACCAAGGGAAUCGUGGUAAACACUUUCCUGGAAUUAGAAUCCCACGCAAUGAAGUCCCUUUCCGAGGAUGACAACAUCCCACCAGUUUACUCAAUCGGACCAAUACUUCAUUCAGACAAUGAAAAUAAUCGUAACCCAAAGUAUGAUGAGAUCAUGAAGUGGCUUGAUGAGCAGCAUAAUUCUUCAGUGGUCUUUCUCUGUUUCGGGAGCAAGGGGUGUUUCGAUGAUAACAGCCAGGUGAAGGAGAUCGCGGUGGCGCUCGAACGGAGUGGCCAUCGAUUUUUAUGGUCCCUGAGGAAGCCCCCUAAUGAGGAUCACAAAUUCAGGAUCACUCCAGGCGAGUACAAAAAUCCGGAAGAAGUACUACCAGAAGGGUUCCUGGAACGUAAUGCCGGGAUUGGGAAGGUGAUCGGCUGGGCUCCUCAAAUGGCUGUUUUGUCCCACCGUGCUGUGGGAGGGUUCGUAUCACAUUGUGGAUGGAACUCGACGCUUGAAAGCAUGUGGUGCGGAGUGCCAAUGGCAGUGUGGCCAUUGUCAGCCGAGCAGCAAAUGAAUGCUUUCCAGUUGGUGAAGGAUUUGGGAGUAGCCGUGGAGAUAAAGAUGGACUAUAAGAGGAACUUGAUGGGUGGUAGUAAUAUGAUUGUAAAAGCUGAGGAGAUAGAGAACGGAAUCAGGCACCUGAUGCAGCCCCAAAGUGAGAUUCGGGACAACGUUGAAGCGAUGAAAUUGAAGAGUAGGAUGACUUUGGUUGAAAAUGGGUCAUCCUUCGACUACGUCGGACGUUUCAUAGAAAAUGUAAUGGAUAAUAUUCUAUGACGACGCGACCUAUAAAGUGUGUGGUUGUUUACUUAUUCAUUUUAGUGGUUUGAGUUGUUAAUCUGUAAAGUGUGUGGUUGUUUACAUUGUAGAAUAAAUAUCGUGGAUUAAGUACAAAAUUUUAAAACUGUCUUGA